AUGGCAGUUGCGCAACUACCGGGAAAAAAACUACUAGUAUCAUUGAUUAUGAUAACGACACAUCACAAAUUGAAACAUCAAUAAUGAUGAUGUUAUUGAUACUAUUGUUGUACUCAACAUGCAACAAUGAAUCCAUAAACAGCUAAGAAAACUCAAACCAUUCAUAAGAAACAGCAACCACUCAAACUCAGUUUUUUGUUUGUUUGGGUAUUUGCAAAACUACUGAUUGAUAGAAUAAUGGGUUAUUAUUAUUAUUACUAUUCCAUAUUGUGUGUUAUUUUGUUUUUAUCCGUUGAAAUAUCAUUGGCUUCUUCAAUUGAAGAUCAAAAGAGAGAUAAGAUAAGUUGGUUACCAGGGCAACCAAAGAAUGUUGGAUUUGAUCAGUAUUCAGGUUAUGUGACUGUGAAUGAACAGAAUGGAAGAGCACUGUUUUACUGGUUGACUGAAGCACCACUGAGUCAUGGACCCAAUUCAAAGCCACUAGUUUUAUGGCUUAGUAGUGGUCCUGGUUGUUCUUCUAUUGCUUACGGUGCUUCCCAAGAAAUUGGCCCUUUUCAUAUUAACUCUGAUGGCAAAUCACUUUACUUCAAUCCUUAUGCUUGGAACAAGCUGGCAAAUAUAUUGUUCCUUGAAUCUCCUGCUGGUGUUGGUUUUUCUUAUUCUAAUAAAACAUCAGAUCUCUACACAUUUGGUGACCAGAAAACAGCUGAAGAUUCAUAUAUUUUUCUUGUUAAUUGGUUUGAAAGAUUUCCUCAGUAUAAGCAUAGAGAAUUCUACAUUGCUGGGAUAAGUUAUGCAGGUCAUUAUGCUCCUCAAUUGGCUCAAAUUGUUUACCAGAGAAACAAGGGAAUCAAUAAUCCAGUUAUCAAUUUUAAGGGAUUUUUGGUUGGAAAUGGUGUUACUGAUGAUUAUCAUGAUUUAGUAGGAACGUUCGAGUACUGGUGGACACACGGUUUGAUUUCAGAUUCUACAUAUAAACUUCUAAGAGCUGCAUGUGACUUUGGAUCAUCUCAGCAUCCAUCAGUGCAGUGUACUCAGGCUCUUAAGGUUGCAGCUGCUGAGCAAGGAGACAUUGAUCUAUAUAGCAUUUAUUCGCCGCUUUGUAACAAUACAUCAACGCUUAAACGCAGCUUGAACGAUCGUUAUACAUGGAUGUCUAGAGCAUAUGAUCCAUGUACCGAAAGGUAUUCUGAUUCGUAUUUCAACCGUCCGGAAGUUCAAAAGGCACUUCAUGCCAAUGUAACAGGGAUUCCACAUAUAUGGAAGGGAUGCAGUGAUGUUGUUGGGAACUAUUGGACUGAUUCGCCGUUGUCUAUGCUUCCUAUAUAUCAUGAACUUAUCAAUGCUAGUCUAAGGAUAUGGGUUUUCAGUGGAGACACCGAUGCUAUAGUUCCACUAACCGCCACUCGAUAUUCUAUUAAUGCAUUGAAGCUUCCGACCAUUGUCAAUUGGUAUCCUUGGUAUGACAGUGGCAAGGUUGGUGGAUGGAGUCAAGUUUAUAAAGGGCUGACAUUGGUGACAGUAAGAGGAGCUGGACAUGAGGUUGCUCUUCAUAAGCCUCGCCAAGCGUUUAUUUUUUUAGAUCAUUUUUGGAGAACAAGUACAUGCCAUCCUCAAGUUAAUCAGAUGCAUUUGUCCUUCUUCACUUCAAGUAUAGAACCUAAGAAGUACCUUAUAUUCUUAAGAAGAACUUCAAUAUUCAUAUAUGCAUACAUGUUCAAAAACAGUGAUAAAUUAGAGUCAAUAUCAUGUAAUUAUAUUAAUUAGAUAGUAGUUGAUUUGUGUAACUAAUAGAGAAAUUCUUUGAGAUGUUAUAAAAACUCCCUUUUAUGCUGCC